GACCUUUGGUCUCAUGAUCUGUAAUGUUUCCAAUUUCUAUAAGCUCAAUUGAACACUGAACACAGAGUCUCUCAAUCUAUUCGUCCCGGCUCCAAGCUUAUCUGCGUUUUUUCGCCGCAUUUCAGGCCUGUAUUCCUUCCGAUGCCUACCUGAGGUACCUAAGUACAUGCUCACAGCAUCAGCCCCACUCAUCUAGGCAUCUCACCUCGCCUCACCUACCUACUGCUCCGGCCGAUCGUCUCACUCAACUCCAACUCAACUCAUAGAAACAUCUGACGAUAUGGGCAAGCCGAAUAAACCUGACAAUUCCUUCUCCGACACCUUGUCGUUGCACAGUGAUGUCGGCCAAAGCUCUGCUGCCAUCCCUUACGUCGACGACGACGCCCCCGAAAUCAACAUCGACGAUCUCCCACCCAGUUAUACCGAUGUUGCCGAGUCCUCCGAAGCCGCCCCCAUGCUCGCCCACCGCGGUGCCAUGGUCGACGCUGUACUACCCUCCGACAUUGAUGCCAUGGUCAUUACAGAUAAAUAUUGGGGCACGCAGUCUUGGGUCGCCAAAAGUGUCGAGGACCCCGAGACCCUCGAGGCAUAUGUGCACCGGCUUGCCGAGAUCCCACCCCGCCCAUACAUGUCGGUCGUCGGUACACACACCGAAACGUCUAAAGACAGCAAGGGGAAAGAGGCGAAGAAUACCGUGACGGACUUCGAUGUCACCGUUGAUAUGACGCCAUAUCUCUAUUCAGAUGCACAAUAUCGUCAGUCGCACCGAUAUCUGCGCACCGUGGACAACGGGGAAAAAGUCCGCCGCGGGACAACACUGGCCAAACGCCAAAAGGGCUGGAAUCAGAGCAUCGAGGUUGGCGCCGACAAGCCAAGCCUGCAAGAAUGGUGUCACCGCUUCGGUGCGAGCUCCGCCGGACUCAAAUGCUUCACGUUACGCCGGCGAAUGGUGGGCUUCGACGAAGAGGCCGUCAAGGAGCGUCUUGAGAAAAUGGUGCGCGACACGAACUAUCGAGGCCACCUCAGGGUGCAGCUGAUUACCAAAGAUGGCCAAAUCGACUUCUACAACGAUGCCAAGAUCAACCGCUGGCGUCUGACGUCUUGGAUCCGGUGGCUGUUCUUCCUGACGCUCACCUUCAUUUUCACCUGGCCGUACCUCUUCUUCCGCACCAAGAGAUGGGAGGUCGCCGUUGUCGACUGGCCAUUCUCGUACAUCAAUGACCGGGGUGCAAAAUGUUACGUCAGCGUCAGUGAGGACCAAUGGUACAACAUGUGGGGGUACGCCAUCUGUAGAGCCGUGAUGGACAAGAGGCAGAAGUGUCUGGAUCAGUCGGAUUUGCGGAGAGCUCAUGAGGGCGACCCCGCGUUCAACACAGGCAAUGCCGGCGUGGAUGGAGCGCUGGGGCUCUUUAGAGCAGGCAUGAAUGCUAUGGGCGAAGUGAAUCGUCAGCUUGGCUGGGGCGGAGAUUGCUAGGAGCAUCACCUAGACCGGCGGAAGAACCGGAGCCGGAAACAUCUCCUUGUAUUACUAGGAAUCGCGGUCGCGCUUGUGUCUAUUAUGAUUGCCCGAGCAUCAGCCGGGACUGGGACUUUGAUUGUCAUUGGGCUGUUGGCUAAAGCAAGCUACCGGUCAGAACGAGGUAAAGGCCCUCAAUUUCUCUUCUAGAGUCUGUGUCUUAGAUAUUACAACAAUACAGACACAACAC